GCAGUCCCACGUGAUCGGUUUCGGUUCCGCACACAGACAUCCCCGGUCAUCCGGCUGCAUCAUGCCGAUCUCUCCAUGGGAACUCAUUGUUGUUCAUCUCAUCACCAUAUCUAGCUUCUCCUGCUGUUUUCGUAACGAUGUGACUUCAGAGGAUGAUCCAAGAAUCCCCGCGAUCGCCAAAUAUUUCAGCACCAAAGGGAGGUAUGAGGAAGUGAACCCGCAUCUCAUCGAGGACAUACUCGCUGUCAACAGAUCUGUGCUUCAGCCUCCAUUUGCACAAUGUCGCGAGAUUCAUCUGACGGCCAUAAUCCGCCACGGCACCAGGUACCCGACGGCCAAAAACGUCAAGAAGAUGCAGAAGCUGUACGAGCUCGUCAAGAGCAGAGCCUCCGGCGAAGAGAGCUGGCUGCGUGAGAUCAAGAGCCAGUGGACGAUGUGGUAUACCGAGGACAUGGACGGCAGGCUCGUCCAGAAAGGGAUGAGCGAUCACAAGCACCUGGCCGUCAGGCUGUCAAAGCUCUUCCCCUCACUGGUUUCAGAGGAGAAGCUUCGAGGUGGAUUCAUCCAGUUCAUCACCAGCUCAAAGCACAGAUGUGUCAACAGCACCUUGUCCUUCAAGGCAGGACUGACACAGCUGUGGGAUAUCAAAGAUCAGGAGUUUGACCAUGCAGUGAACGAUGCGCUGAUGAGGUUUUUUGACAAGUGCACCAGGUUUUUGGACGAGGUUGAUAACAACCCCACAGCUCUGAUAGAGUUGGACAAGUUCAAGCAGGGACCAGAGAUGAGGAGGGUCGAGCAGAAGAUUGCAGACCGACUGGGUGUCCCUUACAAUACCGUCACAGCCGACAUGGCUGAAGCUGCCUUUUAUGUGUGUGCUUACGAGUUUGCCAUCAAGACCGUGAACUCCCCCUGGUGUCGGCUCUUUGAUGAGGUCGAUGCACAGGUUAUGGAGUAUACAAAUGAUCUGAAGCAAUUCUGGAAAAGAAGCUAUGGUUAUGAUAUUAACAGGAAGUCGAGCUGCAUUCUCUUCCAUGAUGUAUUCAGUCGACUGGACAAAGCUGCCAAUGAGAACCAGUCUGGCCAGCAGGUGACUGAAGCAGUGACAGUGCAGGUCGGUCAUGCCGAGACCCUCCUUCCACUGAUCACCCUGCUGGGCUUCUUCAAGGACAGUGAAGCCCUGACAUCUACCAACUACGCCACUCAGUCCCAACGCUCUUUCCGCACCAGCCACAUGUUGCCAUACGCAGCUAACUUACUGCUGGUGCUGUACGACUGUGGCGGAGGUGACUUGAGACUGCAGCCGCUGCUCAACGAGAAGCCUGUGACCUUCCCUGGUUUGGCAGAGCAGCAGGCCUCCAUGCCGCUCUAUCAAGACGUCAAAGCGAACUACAGAGAACUGCUCCAAGGCUGUGACUUUGAGACCGAGUGUCAGCUGUUCAAGCCUCCUGCUGAACUUUAGGCUGACUGGAUGAAACCUGUAAAAGAAAGCAUUGUAUAGGCUUGAUUGUGUUUUAUCUGCAAGUGGUAUGAAAAUUGUGUCUAUUUUAGGCUGGAUGCAAAUCAUGAACAUAUCACUUUUGGCCAAAGAAGUAUUUUUCAAUCCAAAAAGCAGAUUGGAUGACUGACUGACCCCAUGAUGCCAGCCUCGGACUAUAAUUUCUGAUGCAGUAUUACAAUUGCAGUACGGGUCAUUUUUGCAAGUGUUCUUUCCAUAGUUGCACAACUUGGAGCAGAAAUUAAAGUUGUAUUUUUGCAGUGAA